AUGCCUCAACUAUUCACAUACUUAUUCAUCAAUCUUGCUAUCUUAUUGCUCUCCCUGGCUACCAUCAGGGCUGGCAAUUGUAUAGUCUGUGGGUACGACGGCCGCGCGUAUAGCAGUAGUAAUCCUGGACUUGGGGCCACCAACCUCUGUAAAGGCGCUAAGGACGAGAUGCCAGGUUGCACCGGCUGGGAUUGGUAUACAAACAUCAAGGACCCAAAUCAUGCGGGUCAGAAGACGUAUUGUCGAUUUUAUUGUCCGGAUAUACAUACUCCUUGCCCCGGCCACAAGGUCGAAGACGAGAACGAUCCGCUCAACGCCAAAGAGACGCUUCUUGGGAAGUCCAUCAUGGAUUGUAGAAAUUGGCCAGUAUCUAAAUGA